AUGACGCUCAGUAUCUCGAUUGAUCCAGACCCGCACGGCUCGGAUCACUCUUUGUCCGACGAGGACUCGUCUGGUGUGCAUGUUUCUGUACCUUCGGAGGGAAGCCAUGAUUUCCAGGACUAUGAUGAGUGGGCGCAUUUGCCUUAUCCGCAUGAAUUGAAACCGUCUGAUUCAGCCUCCCGACCAAGAACUUCACGCAGCCGCCCGCUCCACGGUUCACACUCCGCUUCGGGCCGUCGCCCAACAUCGCGACGUAUGAUUCCAGAACGCGACUCGUUCGCCUCUCGAGGCCGAAGACAACGAUCCCCCGAUUCUCCUGACAGUGUGGAAUCGGAUGAAUUUCCUCCUCACUUUGAACGACCACCACCUGAUCGGAGGGCGUGGCCCCCAACAGCGCCACCUCCCCCUGGUUACGCUCACAGCCAGUCCUCUGGUCCAUCUUACAAUGCCUACCCUCCCGUGCCCGGUCAUCAACCUCCUUACGCGCAUCCCAACGCCCAAAUCACCUCUGAUCUGAUGAGAAUCGGUCAUCCCAACCAAGCCACGCAGCCCCCUUAUGGGGCUCCUUCACCUUACGGGUACAACCCUCAAUUUCAACCCCCCACGGCUCUCCUAUGCAUCAUUUCUUCCCGGAUCAAUCCCAACAACGGCAUAUGCCUCGCCAGCCACCUCAGUCGCGAAAUGAUCUGCACAAUCCGCAGGCGCAUAUGCCACACCCCAUGGCGCCCCAUGGCGCCCCCAACCCUUAUGGGGCACCUCCUUUCCCCUCGCAUGAGUUGA